AUGGAUCUCGGAGGUUUGGUUUCUGGUUUGGUCUCAUCUUUAGUUUAUAUAAUGACAAGACCUCUCUUUCUCUGCAUAUCUGCAUGUGUGUUCUGUCUUAGAACAGCUCUUGUUACAGCCUUUGUGUCUACUGAUAUGGUGAGCUCUGCUAUUUGGUUCAACUUAAGCAUGAUCUGGAGAGCUGUGUGGGGCACAAUCUGGGGAUCUAUUCUCCUCUUUACCUUCCCAAUUCGCUUUUUCGCCUCUAUACCAAGAGAAAGACUGCUUGAGGAGACUAUUCACGAGUUGCGGUACAAGGUGGAAAGUCUUGAAUGGAACAGAAAAGAAAUUGAGGAGACUCUUCGGAAAGCCAUAAAAGAAUAUCGAGUCAUGGAAUCCGAAUUAGAUGAAAUAGAAGAUGAACAUGAUGUAGCCAUUUCAAGAAUUGAGAAGCUAGAGGCCGAGUUACAAAAGCUAAAGGAGGAAAAUCUUCAUUUGAAAGAAAUUCAAGGAAAAGAAUAUAGGAGCAUGAAAGGCAAAGCUAAACCGGAGGAAGAACCAGAACCAAGCGAAAUCAGUCACAUCUUACCAAAGCCGAAGAAUAUCCCUUAUGGUUCAAAGGGAGGAAAAUCCGAGUUUCGAUCGGUUAAGUCUCCUCUUUAUCCAUUUGCGAAAUCGACAAUCCCGGAAGAAGGAGAACUAACACCAAGAAUUCUCGGUUUAGAAAGAGACAUCGCGGUUUCAAGAAGCGUGUUCAGUGCAAUGCUUGCGCUCGUUGUGGGUGUAGUACUGUAUGGAGCCAAAGAGAAAGAGCUGUGUACUCCACUCAUAGGAGCACUCUUCACUGUGGUCGGUAUCUCUUUGAGAAGUGUGGUUCAGUUUUUCUCCACGGUUAAGAAUAAACCGGCUUUGGAUGCGGUCGCUCUUAUGAGCCUCAAUUGGUUCAUCGUCGGUACUCUUACUUACCCGACUCUACCGAGACUUGCUCGAGUCGUUGUCCCGCGAGUCUUUAGCACCGCUGGCUCGGUCUUGAGUUUACUUGGUACUAGCUCGGUCCCCUCACCACCACUACAAGAAUUCGUGGACUAUGUUGGUUAA